AUGAUUUGCUCUGAAAAUUGCCAAUAUCCAUGGUAGUGCAUGAUUUGCGAGAGUGUUAGCGAUUAUUUUGUAAAGUAAUGCCCAUAAUGUCAAACCCCUAAAGAAUAGUUUUGUAGAUUGCUGAAUACUAAUUGUAUUGUUUUAUGUAUCAAUUUAGAUGAGUUAAACUAUUAAGAACAAUAUAAGAAAAUAGGAAUAAUAGAAAUGGAAUGCAAUUAGGAUAGACACAAUCAGGAAAUCAUCAAAUUGAAAAUUUCUAAAAUUUUGCCAUAAGAGAUUGAUGAUAAUGAGUACUUUAAGAAAGAAUUUAUAAUCAGACCUCUGACUGUUCCUUUAAUACAAAGCCCAUAAUUUUAGUCAGUAACUUAAGAAUAAGCUAACGACGGAGUUUUAUUUAAAAGUACCUUUCAAUAUUUGAACGAUACGGAUUUAGUCAUUUUUGAAAAUAGAGCCAAAGCCCAAAUGUUUUUGAAUUCUUCGAUUUAAAACAAUGUUUAAUGUCCAAUUAAACAAUACAUUGAAUUAAAAAAUGUUUUCCCGUUUCAAAAACCAUAGUUAACAAUGAAUGAUAUGUUGAGAUGGCUAAAAAUUCCAUAUUCAGGUAAAUAAAGCAUCUAAUUCAUAGCCCAAUAAUUUGCAUUGACAUCAAUAGUUAUAGAGCUGUUGAAAAGAUCAUAUACCUUCUAAGCUUAGAUGUUAUAACAAUUGUAAUUUCCAAUUCCUGAAGAAUUGUCUAGACUGUAAGGGUUUACAAAUUUAAUUCUAUUUGAUAUUUAAGUAGCUCAAGUUGAGGAUAAUAGAUAAAAUUACCAUCAAGAAAUUAUUGAGAUAUCAGCAUAAGUUUAUAAUAUUGAUUAGAGAAAAAGAGUUCAAGAAUUCUAAAAGUAUAUAAAACCUGUUGACAAUCCUAUCAUUAGUGAAUAUUGUACUAAAUAAACAGGAAUUAAACAAUUUUAAAUUAACAAUGGAGUUUCUCUCUAAUAAGCUAUCAAUUAAUUGACUGAUAUAUUUAAGGAGUUAGGAAGAUUUUGUAUAAUCACACAAGGUGACAUUGAUUUAAUUAUUUUGAAGAAGGAAGCAGAAAGAAAAAAAGUCAAACUUGUUAGAAAUUUUACUUACUAUAUCAAUAUUAAGAAAGGUAUCGAAUAUAUUGAAUUUCAGUAUUUCCCAAAUCUUUAAGAUCUAAGACAUCUUUAAAAGAUCCUAGUAUGACUGAGAUGCUAGAAUGUUGUGGAUUAUUGCAGUAUGGCAAUCAUGAAAGCGGGACCGCUAAAGUAGUAAACCUUGCUAAUUUGGUUGACCAUCUGAUAUUUAACGAAAACAUAAGAUUUGAUGAAAAAAUGUUAUAAUAUACAUGUAAAAUUUGA